UGGAUAACCAUGAAGUUUACUAGUCCUAAGUGUAUCUUUUUGUGGUGAUAAAUUAUCUGGUUUUUCCUCUCAAAUCAGGCUAACAUCAAUAUAUCACCAUGCCUGGUAGAAAGGAUCAGAGCGGCGAUGACCGCUUUGCCAAAAUUAAAAAAGACCCUCGUUUCUGGGAGAUGCCCGAAAAGGAACGCAAGAUCAAAAUCGAUAAGCGUUUCCAGUCCAUGUUCCACGAUGAGCGUUUUAAACUGAAAUACACGGUCGACAAGCGCGGCCGACCGGUAAACCACUCCUCGGCCGAAGAUCUGAAGCGCUUCUACAACCUGUCUGACUCUGAACAGUCCGACGUACCCGAAGAAAAGGAAGAGAAGAAAAAGGAAAAGAAGAAGAAGACAAAAUCAAAGCCAGAUGCUGAACAUGAGCCAGACGUUGACGAUGCAGAAGAGGACGAAGAUUUGACAGAGAAGGUCGCAAAAAAAGGCAAAAAGGCCUUGAGGUCAGCUGAUGUUGGCAAAGCUGAUAAAACCAAAGGAAAAGAGCCAACCAGAGGGGUGAAGGUGUUUGAAGAAGGUGAGGAAGAGGAGGAAGACGACUCUGAAGGUGAUGAAGAUGAAGAUGGUGAUAUGGACAUGGACGAAAGCGUGUCUGAGGGAAGUGAGGAGGAGGAGGAGGAAGACGACGGCGCCAAGGAAGAUGAGGGUGAUGAAGAUGAGAGUGACGUUCAGUCUGAGGAGGAGGAAGAGGACAAUGACAGCGGCCCCGACCUGGCCAGAGGGAAGGGAAACAUCGAGACAAGCUCAGAUGAGGAUGAUGAUGAAGAAGACGAAAUUGAGAAAAUUCUUCAUCGUGAGGAAGAGGAGAUACAGCACGACUGGGGCGAGAUGUGGAAAGACGCUCCUCGGUCUGACGAUAUGUCUCGGAGGCUGGCUGUGUGUAACAUGGAUUGGGACAGGAUCAAGGCUAAAGACCUGCUGGCCCUGCUGAACUCUUUUAAACCUAAAGGUGGAGUGGUGCUCUCUGUCAAGAUCUACCCGUCCGAGUUUGGGAAGGAGCGGAUGAAGGCGGAGGAGACCCAGGGACCGCUGGAGCUCACCACUCUCCCAGAGGACCCUGAGGAGGACACGGAGGAGCAGAGGAUUUACCGAGAGAAAGUGCGUGAUUAUCAGUUUAAGCGGAUGAGGUAUUAUUACGCCGUGGUGGAGUGCGAUUCGCCGGAAACGGCGGCGAAGAUCUACGAGGAGUGUGACGGGUUCGAAUACGAAAGCAGCUGCUCCAUGCUCGACCUACGCUUUAUUCCGGAUGACGUGACGUUCGAUGACGAGCCUAAGGAAGUGGCCACUGACGUAGACUACACCACGUACAAACCCAAACUGUUCACGUCCUCAACCACCACCACGGCAAAGGUGGACCUGACGUGGGAUGAAACAGACCACGACCGAGUUACAGCGCUCAACCGCAAGUUUAAUAAGGACGAGCUUCUGGAGAUGGAUUUUAAGGCUUACCUGGCCUCCUCCAGCGAGGAAGAGGAGGAAGAGGAAGAAGAAGAGGAGGAAGAGGCUGCGGAGAAACCGGCUGAAGCGGAAAGUGAGGGACAGAAGAAGUCGAAAAAGCCCAAGAAGAACGACACAGAGCAGAUUGCCAAGUACAGAGAACUGCUGAAGGGGAUUCAGGAGAGAGACCAGAAGGAGAAAGACAAAGACAUGGAGAUGGAGAUCACCUGGGUUCCAGGCUUGAAGGAGACCACAGAGAAGCUAGUAAAGAAGAAACUGGAAGGAAAGGAUAAACUGACUCCAUGGGAGGAGUAUCUACAGAAGAAAAAAGAAAAGAAGAAAGAAAAAAGGAAACAGAAGAAGGAGUCUGCAGAGACUGACAUCAGCGAUGAUGACUUGCCCCCUGAUGUUGACCUUGAUGACCCCUUCUUUGCAGAGGAGCUGGGCCAAACAGGAACAUCCCUGAAGAGCAAGAAAACAAAGAACAGCAAAAAGUCGGAAGAAGAACGGACGCCGGAGGAAGAGGAAGAGCUUGAAAAACAAAAGGCUGAGAUGGAAUUGCUGAUGGAUGACGAUGAAGACGAAAAACACAAGCAUUUUAACUUUGACAAGAUCGUGGAACAUCAAAACCUGAGCAAGAAGAAGAGGAAGAAACUGAUGAAGAGUAACACGCCGCUAGAGGAGGACGACUUCCAGGUGGAUGUGAAGGAUCCUCGUUUCCAAGCGAUGUUCACCUCUCACCUUUAUAACCUCGACCCGUCCGACCCCGCCUACAAGAAGACCAAAGGCACACAGAGCAUCGUGGAGGAGAAACAGCGCCGCAGGGAGGAGCAGCAGCAGUUAGAGGAGAAACAGCGUCGGGAGGAGGCGCUCAAGAGCGCACGGGCGGAGCCGACACAGGACGUCACCCCGGAGGCUGGGAAGACUUCACAGAAAGCCAUGGACCCCGGUCUGGCCUUACUGAUCAAGUCCGUCAAAAACAAGACGGACCAGCAUCAGGCCCGCAAGAAACAGAGGACGAAAUAGAUUGACAAAGAGAGAGAGAGAGAGAAACUGACCGAUGUGAUAUUUUUUAAAUGUUGUUAAAACGCUGGACAGAGGAGGUCAAUUUUUUUUUUUCCCCAGUUGAUUCAGGACCUUGAGUUUCUCUAAGCCAGACGACCCCUGAGUGAUGUUCACAUAGUACUGCUCUGAAAGUGUCACUUCUCAGGCAGGAACACUUUUUUUUCCUGAAAAGGAAUGAACGAUACCGUAGUGAUUGUGUGACUGUGCGUAAACAUAACCCAUCCCGAUAAGAGAGUGGUAACGUGAACUCAUGAAAAGGUUUUUGAAACUUUACAAGACGAUCAAGUGAACUGUUAAUAACCGUGUACAGGUCUGUGUGUCUUUUAUAUAAUAUCCCCCU